GAAGACGACUGUCUGGAGAGGGUACUUCUGCUUUUUAGGCCUUUAAGUACUGUGCUUCCAGAAAUCCGUCAGUGGAGCAAGCUCUCUUUGAGGUGAACAGAAACUACUUCAACUAAAUUCAACUUCACCUGUAGCUCAAAGUUUUAUCUGAAAAUGGCAGUCAGUGGAGAAAUGAUGAAGAGCGCCCUUGUUGCCCUGGUCCUGGUGGCGUUGGUUCAGUCUGCAUCAGCAGUUGAGAAGUUUGCAUCCUGCUGUAAGACCGUCAGCAAGCAGGAGAUAUUUGAACCAAUCACAGGAUACAUGGUCCAGAGACCAAACCCUCCGUGUGUCCUUGCAGUCAUCUUUCAGACAAACAGCGGUUUGUACUGCAGUCAGCUGACUGAACCCUGGGUUCAGCGCAAGAUCGUUGCAUUCGAGAAAGCUAAAGCUCAGGCGACCCCUUCAUAUGUAGCCCCCUCAUCUACAGCCUCCCUCCUCUCCAUGAUCACCUCCACCACCUCCACUUCUCCCUCCUCCUCUUCCCUUUCUUCUUCUCCUUCCUCUUCUUCUCUUUCUUCCUCCACCUCUUCCCUUUCUUCCUCUCCUUCCUCCUCUUCUUCUCCUUCCUCCUCAUCUUCUUUUCCUUCCUCCUCCUCUCCCUCCUUCACCCCAACAUCUGAGAUGCCGGCUGAUGAAACAUCUUCAGGGGACACGGAUGAGUGACUCUGCAUCUUUUGCACCUCCAGCCGAUGAAAAUGAAGACAGAAAUCUUGGAUACGUUUAUGAUUAUGACCUCAAAACCAAUACAAGCUAAAAUUAUACUCAAAUAUUGCAAUAGCACUUGAAGAAUGUCAUUCUGUUAGAUUAUUUUGUGUUGACUAUGUACUUUCUUUAAAGAAAUUUGAGUUGGAUUUAUUUAUUAGAUUAAUUUACUUGAAAAGUCCUUACAUUUAGUAUUUAUGUAUUUAUUGCCCGGUAUUUUUCUAUUAUUUUUAGAAGUUACUGUACAAAAUUUUGGCAAAUGUUAAAGAAAUAGCUCUGAGCUAUGGAAUUGUCAAACAAAAGAUAUUGUGUUUUAUUUAUUUAAAAUCCUGUGCUCAUUUGUGUUCUUAAGGAGACAUUGGAAUAAAAAAACAAAUAAAUGUAAUACAUCCAG